CCGCCGCCGCCGCCGCCGCCACCGUACAGGAAGAAGUUGGUGGUGGUGGUGCGGGGGAAGCACUCGCGUGUCUUUCGUGUGUCAUGGGGUGCUUCGGCAGUCAAAGCAGCAAGGCCAGUCAGGAUGAUAGCAAAAAUCAGAAGAGGCGCUCCGACGCUAUCACUCGCCAGCUGCAAAAGGAUAAGCAGGUUUACAGGGCCACGCACAGGCUCCUGCUGCUUGGUGCGGGUGAAUCCGGUAAAAGUACAAUCGUCAAACAGAUGAGGAUAUUGCACGUGAAUGGAUUCAGUGAGGCGUGA